UUCACACGGAUUCGAAUAUGGCAGCGAAUGAGACGAACGAAAUAAGUGGAACUCUGGUGUUUUACGUUAAUGGGAAAAAGAUUAUCGAUUCAAAUAUCGAUCCUGAGUGGACUUUGUUGUAUUACCUAAGGGCAAAGUUAAGACUCUGUGGUACAAAACUCGGCUGUGGUGAAGGAGGAUGUGGGGCAUGCACCGUUAUGGUUUCCCGAUUCGACAGAGGAAGAAACAUCGUAAUUCAUAUACCAGUAAACGCAUGCCUGGCACCGAUAUGUUCCAUGCACGGUCUGGCAGUGACUACGGUCGAGGGCAUAGGCUCGACCAAAACCAAAUUACAUCCCGUACAAGAGCGAAUUGCCAAAACGCACGGGUCUCAGUGCGGUUUUUGCACCCCGGGAAUGGUAAUGUCGAUGUACGUUCUCCUGAGGCAGUCUCCAAAACCGAAAAUGGAAGAACUAGAAGAAACGCUGCAGGGUAAUUUGUGCAGAUGCACAGGUUAUAGGCCAAUCUUGGAUGGUUUCAAGACAUUCACCGAAGAGUGGGAAGCGCAAAUAAGUGGAAGUUACGUUAACGGCAGCGAUGCAAGUUGUGGCAUGGGAGAUAAAUGUUGCAAAGUGCAGAACGGCACAACCGGCAAGUAUUCAGUAGUCAAAAUUGAGUUAAUUGUUGAUUUUAACACAUUUUUAGAAAUACCGGCUGAGGGACUUUUUGACCCAAACGAAUUUAGUCCAUACCACCCGUCUCAAGAGCCAAUUUUUCCGCCUGAGCUGAAACUGCUGGACGUAUAUGACAGGCAGAGACUCGAAAUCAAAGGCAAGAACGUUACGUGGUACCGACCCACUAAAUAUAUCGAUUUUCUUAGUUUGAAAUGUACUUUUCCGGAGGCCAAGAUAGUAGUCGGCAACACUGAGGUGGGCGUGGAGACGAAAUUCAAGCGGAUGUUCUACCCAGUUAUCAUCCAACCUACCCAAAUCAAAGAACUUAUAGAAAUAAGCGAAGGUGGCAAUGGAAUAUCAGUGGGAGCGUCCGUAACUUUGACCGAAUUGGGUGAUUUUCUGAAAUACCAAAUCCGCACCCAGCCGGAAGAAAAAUCCCGUAUAUUUAAAGCUAUCGUGGACGUGCUCUUUUGGUUCGCUGGGAAACAAAUUCGAAGCGUCGGCUCCAUUGGGGGUAACAUCAUGACUGGUAGUCCGAUAUCUGAUUUGUUACCCAUCUUAAUGGCUUGCAGAGUAGAGCUCGAAAUCGAGCACCUGACAAAUGGACUAAGAACUGUAGUAUUAGAUGACAAAUUCUUUGUUGGCUAUCGUAAAAGUAUAAUUCAUGCCGAUGAAGUCUUAAAAACAGUGCGCAUACCUUUUAGUACCAAGAGCCAAUACUUUAAAGCCUACAAACAAGCUAGAAGAAGGGAAGAUGACAUCGCGAUAGUUAACAUAGCGGUUAAUGUGAUAUUUGAAAAUAACUCGAACAUAGUAUCUGACAUACACUUGGCAUUCGGCGGUAUGUCCUUCAAAACCAUAACGGCUCCCAAAACUGAAGCGAAUUUGAAAGGUCUUCCGUGGAAUAAAGAAAGUGUGGAGAUGGCGUUCAAUUGGCUCUUGGAAGACCUUCCUUUGGAUCCUUCAGCGCCAGGGGGAAUGAUCGCUUAUCGCAAAUCUCUAACCUUGGGAUUGUUCUUUAAGGCAUUCUUGGCCAUAUCCGAACAAUUGCCUUGUAUAAAUGAACUGAACUCCACCGAGUUGAGCGGAUCUCGUGGAAUUCACGAGUCGAAGCAGAUAAAUUCCCAAUAUUUUAAAUCUGGUUCUACUGAAACUGGUAGAUACAAUGUUAUCCAAAAGCCUAUGGUACACCUGUCGGCAUUCAAACAAGCCGCAGGUGAAGCAGUGUACUGCGACGAUUUGCCGAGAUUUGAAAACGAACUGUUCUUAGCGUUUGUGGUUAGUUCAAGAGCUCACGCGAAAAUUAUAUCUGUAGAUCCGUUCGAUGCUCUACAGAUGGAGGGUGUACGUGGUAUAGUGUCUGUAGAAGAUAUCGGAACAGAUAGAAACGUAUUCGGCGGUAUUGUUCCUGAUGAAAAGAUUUUUUACUAUGACGUGGUGACUAGCCAAGGUCAGAUCAUUUGUGCUGUACUAGCUAAUGAUAUCUCCAUAGCUCAAAGGGCGGCUAGGAAGGUCAAAAUUGAGUACCAAGACCUAGAGCCAAUUGUUAUUACCAUAGAAGAUGCCAUUAAAGAAAGGUCGUUUUUCAAAGAAGUACAUAGGUCUAUCCGAAAGGGACCCGUCGAAGAAGUAUUCAGUAGCGCGCCUCACGUUCUGGAGGGUCAAUGUAGGAUGGGAGGUCAAGAGCAUUUUUAUUUCGAAACACAAGCUGUGAUAGCCGUACCCAAGGCGGAGGACGGUGAAAUAGAGCUGUACUCAUCCACUCAGCAUCCUUCUGAAGUGGCGGCACUGGUUGCGGAAGCUUUAGAAACGCAGCAAAAUAAAAUCAUAUGCAAAGUGAAACGCAUAGGCGGCGGUUUCGGUGGCAAGGAGUCUAAAGCUGCGAUGGUAGCGAUCCCGGUCGCAAUCGCUGCCAAAAAGUUUCGUCGACCAAUAAGAUGUAUGCUGGACAGAGACGAGGACAUGCUGAUGACGGGCGGUAGGCAUCCUUUUCUAAUGAAGUACAAAGCGGCGUUCGACGAUACGGGGAAGAUUCUAGGGUGUGACGUUCACCUUUAUUUGAACGGUGGUUACUCGACUGAUCUGUCCACGGGGGUUUGUGAAAGGGCGCUGCUUCACGUGGAUAAUGCAUACAACAUCCCAGCGUUUAGGGUAAAGGGCACCAUCUGCAAAACCAACUUACCCUCGAAUACAGCCUUUAGAGGUUUCGGCGGUCCCCAAGGCAUGUUUGUGGCCGAGAAUAUAAUUGAUGACAUCGCCGAAUAUCUCGGUAUUAGUCGUAUUAUAAUUAGCGAAAGAAAUCUUUAUAAGGAAGGUGACUUAACGCAUUAUAAUCAACUAUUGGAGGAUUGCACAAUGGACAAAUGUUGGAAGGAAUGUAUCCACAAGUCGCAAUACCACGCGCGAAGGAAAAUGGUAGACGAAUACAACAGGAGAAAUAAAUACAAAAAGCGCGGCAUAACUAUGGUACCAACCAAAUUCGGUAUUGCAUUCGGAGCGAAAUUUCUAAAUCAAGCCGGAGCGUUGGUGCUAGUCUACACGGACGGCUCAGUACUAUUGCACCAUGGAGGCAUCGAGAUGGGUCAAGGACUUUAUACCAAGAUGAUACAGGUGGCUAGUGAAGCUUUGAGCGUCCCUCCAGAGAAAAUACAUACAAGCGCCACUUCCACUGAAACCGUUCCGAAUACGUCACCCACGGCUGCCAGUACUGGAUCGGAUUUAAAUGGAAUGGCUGUUUUGAACGCCUGCAACGAGAUAAAUGAAAGGCUGAAACCGUACAAAAAUACUAAUCCAAAGGGUGGUUGGGAUUCUUGGGUAAAACAAGCUUAUUUUGACAGAAUCAGCCUGUCAGCUGUAGGAUUUUAUGCCACCCCAGAGUUGGGACACGAUUGGGAUACGAACGAAGGCAAUAUCUUCAGAUAUUUCACGUAUGGGGCUGCGUGUACCGAAGUGGAGAUCGAUACACUAACUGGAGACCACAAAGUAUUACGCACCGAUAUUGUUAUGGAUCUAGGUGAAAGUAUAAAUCCAGCAAUCGAUAUCGGACAAGUCGAGGGUGCGUUUAUGCAGGGAUACGGGCUGUUUAUUUUAGAAGAGCUUGUGUAUUCGCCCACAGGGAUUUUGUACACCAAAGGUCCAGGGGCGUACAAAAUUCCGGGUUUCGGUGAUAUACCUGGCGAGUUCAACGUAUCUCUUUUGAAAGGAGUUUCCAACCCCAAAGCGGUGUACUCAUCCAAGGCCGUGGGUGAACCUCCUCUAUUUUUGGCAUCUUCUGCUCUGUUUGCCAUUAAAGACGCCGUGAAGGCUGCAAGAUUGGAAAACGGAUGCAAGGAACCAUUUAGAUUGAACGCCCCCGCCACAGCAGCGGAAAUACGGAUGGUCUGUCGAGACACCAUCACUUCGAGGAUCAAAACUCCGGAACCCGGAACCUAUACACCAUGGAAUGUCACCGUCUAAAUCUUGUAGUACAAAAUUAGAAUAAUUAUACCAAAACUAUUUACUGUACCUAUAUACAUACUACUUUAGAAACUAGAAAUUUAUUAGAAAUCUGUUUCUAAUAAAUAUUAAAUAAAUAAUAGAUAAAAUAUUUAAAAAAAAAUAAUUAAAAAUUUAUAAAAUUAAUAAAUAAAUUUAUAAAAUUAAUAAAUAAAUUUAUAAAAUAAAUAAAUAAAUAAAUACACAAUACAUAGCGAAAA